AUGACGUUGCGUCGGCUCGUCAAGCGGCCAAAGAUCACCAACUUCCAGAUGCUCCUGAUGCGCCGCCGUGAACCGUACAAACCAACUAUGAAAGAUCGCCACGAAAUUGAGAAUCGUGAGAAACUUGAGCGCUUUGAAACGAAGGCCGCAGAGGGAAUUAUGUUCGUUCCAGACAGGGUCUUGCCGCCAUGGCAGAAGUCACUCGCUAAGAACGCUUAUGCGAAUGCAUCACGCAUGAAUUUUAGGGGGUUCCGCGUGCGUGUGGCGGACAAGCAGGAUGAACCAGGCUUCCCAACUCCAUUUCGUUGA